GCGGCGGCACCACCGGGGACCGGGGGACCCGCAGGGGGUUCAUCCUCGGGGCACGAGGGAUCCCCAGGGAACCCCAAUGGAGGCACCGGAGCUCCCGGAGCCCGACGGGCUCUUCCCGGAUCCCGCCUCGCUCCCGGUGCCGGUGCUGGGCUUCCAGAUCUUGACGCUCCCGGAGGACGAUGGCAGCGGCACCGAGGAGCUGCUGGGGCUGACGGUGAACCCCGACAUCGCCUGCGGGCUCGGCACCGGCCCGGAGCCCCCCCGGGCCGAGGGGCCCCCGCCGGUGCUGCUGGAGGUGGUUUGUGACCUCAGCGCCCCCCUGCACCCCUCGCUGUUCCCCGGCGUGCAGCUGGCCCCGCAGCCCGACCCCCAGCCCACCCUCCGGCUGACGGAGGAGGAGCAGCGGCUGCUGGCACAGGAGGGGGUGACCCUGCCCGGGGCGCUGCCCCUCACCCAGGCCCAGGAGCGGCUCCUGAAAAAGGUGCGGAGAAAGAUCCGGAACAAACAAUCGGCGCAGGACAGCCGGAGGAGGAAGAAGGAAUACCUGGACGAGCUGGAGAGCAGGGCGGCCGCGUGCUCAGCACUGAACCAGGAGCUGCGGAAAAAGGUGCAGGAGCUGGAAACGAGCAACGGGUCUCUCCUGCGGCAGCUCCAGGCGCUGAUCAAGGAAACCUCCACCAAGCCCGCCCAGACCGGCACCUGUGUCCUGAUCCUGUUCCUGUCGCUGGGGCUGAUCCUGCUGCCCGGCUCCAGCCCGUUCCGCCGGGGCGGCAACCGGGACGGCCUCGGGCCCACCGGAGUGAUCUCCAGGAACAUCCUGACGCGGCGGGAACCGGGAGAGGUCGCACAAUUCCCGUUCCUCCCGUGGAUGUCGGGGCCAGAGCCGGGACCGGGAGCGGAGGACGGAGGCGGGGAGGGGCCUGGGGAUGGAAUUCCCGCCCUCCAAAGGGAUCCGGGCACCAAUUCCUCCAGGCAGGACGCGGGGACAGGAGGGACACGGGGACACGGGGAUGAGAUGUGA